AUGUUUUCAGACAACGGCACAAAUUUUGUGGGUGCUAAUUUUGAAAUGCAACGUUUAUAUAAUUUCUUACAAGAAAAUAAUAAAUCUUUGUCUGAACAUAUAGAAAAUGAAGGAGUUAGCUGGUCUUUCAUUCCAUCUCGCUCACCUCACUUUGGAGGCUUAUGGGAGGCAGGAAUUAAAUCUGUCAAAUGUCAUUUAAAGCGCGUAGCGGGUAAUGCAUUACUAACUUUUGAACAAUUUUACACGCUAUUAGUUCAGAUUGAGGCUGUUCUCAAUUCUCGCCCUUUGAGCCCUUUAUCCAACGAACCCUCAGAUUUAACACCUCUUACUCCCUCUCACUUUUUAAUCGGCCGACCAUUAACGUCAUUACCUGAACGAGAUCUCGUAGAGAUACCUGAAAACCGAUUAUCAACAUAUCAACGAAUCCAGCAGCUACAACAACAUUUUUGGUCCCGGUGGUCAUUAGAAUAUAUUUCCGAGCUCCAACAGCGGUCCAAAUGGCAGCAAAAAGUGAACCCCAUUAAGAUUAAUGACUUGGUGGUCAUUAAAGAAGAAAACCAACCCCCUUUAAAAUGGUCCUUAGGCAGAGUUAUAGAAGUCUACCCAGGGAAAGAUGGAACUGUUCGUGUAGCUACAGUGAAAACCAGCACAGGUACAAUCAAACGUUCAUGUGUGAAGCUGUGUCCUCUGCCAAAUCAAGCAAAAUAA